AUGAUUCACUUGAAGAAAGGACCAUCCUUUGAACCUCAGAUGAGUCUCUUCCAUGUUUUGGUUGUGAAUGUUGUUGUCCUUUUCAUGACAUCCUUUUGUACAGGUCAGUCUCCGAUGAUUGGUCCACAUCAGCCAAUAGUGGCAUUGGUUGGUGAUGACAUAAUUUUGCCAUGUCACCUGGAACCAGCUGUGGAUGCUGUUUCUAUGACUGUGGAGUGGGCGAGAGCGGACCUGAGUCCACGGUUUGUCCAUUUGAGACGAGACGGUGUGGAACUCCUGACAGACCAGAAUCCUUCCUACCUCGGGAGAACGUCAGUGUCCAUCAACAAACUCAAGCACGGAGACCUUUCACUGACACUCUCCAAAGUGAAGUUAUCUGAUGAGGGAUCUUACAAAUGUUUUAUUCCAACAGAGGGAACAGAAUAUAUAGUCAAGCUUGUUGUAGGGACCAAGUGGCACCAAGACGAUGAAACUGACGUGGGGGAAAGAGAGACAAUAUCUAAAAGCGGUGCAGAACUUCAGUUCCUGGAUGAAGGAAAAAUAAACGAGAGAGAGGUUGAGGUUUUGAACAAGAAGAUUGGUGAAAUGUCUGAAGAAUCACAGAAGAUUGAAGUAGAAUUAAAAGAUGUAAAAGAGGCAGUUAAGUAUUUCAACAGACAAACUAAAAAUAUACACACAAAUGAGUCACCUUUCCUAGCAGAUAGGCAGUAA